UUUGUAUACUUGCCCUCCAUCGCGAUUCUCAACGUUGACUAAGGUUUGCCGGGUGAGGAAAUUUGCUUUGGAAGGAGUUUGCCGUAUACACACAAAUAGUAUAUACAACGACUUAUUGUGUCUGUAUUCAAAAUACCCAUCCGAUGCAGCCAAUCGCAUUUCACACACGAGAUGGGUGUUUGGGAAUGAGGACCAAUCAGCACACGUGUCUCCAUUUUCAAAACUCACAGUUGUCAUUUCAGAUCUUGACUCAUUUCAUUCAGAGUGGUUUCACGCUGCUCCGACCCCGAUAGCUAAGUAUUUGAUCGCACGACUGACAGCGCGGUGAACUUUAUGAAAGCUUGCAAAUGAUUCUACGUCAAGACUGGACACUAUCUCGCCAUGGAAUUGAAUUUUACUGCCGACGCCGUGGGACCAAAUUCUGCUUUAUAGAGCAACAUCUGGCCUCCCGACCACCGAGGGUCGGGUUGGCCCUUUGUCGGUGCGAUGUUUCUCGCCGCCCGGGCCGGGUCGGCUGACGCACCCUGUUAGCUCUUCGUCGUAGCUGCCGAUUAGGUGAUUUGGAGCUCCUUCGUCUCCGUCUCUACACGUCUCACGAUGGAUUGGAUACCACCGUUACGAACUUGCAUGUUCACGCUUAGAAAAUCUACUGCGGCUGUGUAAAUGUAUAGGCUCUGGACUAGCAACUUUUUUGUGUAAAAGGCCAGCUGGAGGUGUACGGAUGAGAGCAGGAAUGCUGAAAUCCAGAGACCUACGGGAGUUUUAUGUCAUCAACCAGCACAGUAGGGUGAACUCAAAAUGUUGAGACUGCGAAUAAAACCCAAAAGUACUGGUGUCGGACCGACAAACCCAUGGGAGCCAAAGGAUCGACAGCCAGUACAUAUGGACCGGGAACGCAUCAGGAGCAGUCAACUCUCAAAUAAUACUUAAAACUGCAAAAACAACGAAAGUUAAUUCACAUCUAGAAAGAAUAAAACAAACACACUAUAAUUUAUAUACAGGGGAAGGGGGAAGCUGGGAGGGUAAUUUUUGGGCUGGGAAGGGCCGGGGCAGUGAAAAUGACGCUGCUAUCAAUAACAAAGGGUAAUUGUGGCGCAGUCGAGGCCCGGGGAGAUAAUUAGGUGAUAAUUAACCGUUAAUUUAUGCAUCCGUCAUUCUCACACAAAAGCAAACGUCGCUAGUUUCCACACGUACGCACACGUGUACUAAGAUUGCACGGUUCGCGCACACAGGUUUCCUCAUAGAGGGCACGUUAUGCACACGCGAGUGGUCCGUUUACUCGGAUUUGCACAGGUGCCCCAUGUAGGGGCACGUCACGUUCGCACAGUGGGCACCCGUUGAAACCCGUGGAAACUCUGGAUUUACUUGCAUGUGUACACGGAUUUGCACAGCGGAAAUCUGCGUUUUCGAGCAGUCAAGAUCUGGAGUUUGACCAACAUGGUGACUGAGGCCGGAUCUCAUCCGACACAAGGGGAGGGAGAGGAUGGACAGGAUUCUCCCCGUACCCACAAGUGCAGCCAUUGCGACAAGGAGUUUCGCUUCAAAUGUAGGCUCAACCUACACCUGCGAACUCACACUGGUGAGAGACCAUACCAGUGUGGUGAAUGUGGAAAACGGUUUACUCGGCAAUCUCACCUGAAGGACCACGCGAGAACUCACACUGGUGAGAAACCGCACAGGUGUGAGCAAUGCAGCAAACAGUUCAGUCGGUUGAGUUAUUUGAAUGAACACAUACGAACCCAUACUGGUGAGAGACCAUACCAGUGUGAAGAAUGUUGGAAACGAUUUAGUCAGCAAGGUCAUCUGAAGGAACACAUGAGAACUCACACCGGCGAGAAACCGUACCGAUGUGAGGAGUGCAGCAGGCAGUUCAGUAGUUUGGGUGCUCUGAAGGACCACAUGCGGACUCACACUGGUGAAAAACCAUACAUAUGUGAAUAUUGCAACAAAGGCUUCAGAAAGUCAGCUCAUCUGAAGGCUCACGUACGUACUCACACAGGAGAAAACCCUUACAAGUGCGGGGAGUGCAGCAAACAGUUUACCACAUUGUCAAAUCUAAAGACUCACUUGCGAACUCACACCGGCGAGAAACCUUACAAAUGCGAAGCGUGCAGCAAGCAGUUCAGUCAGCUUGGUACACUAAAGUUACACAUGAGAACACACAUGGGUGAGAAACCGUACAGGUGUGAGAAGUGUAAUAAGCAGUUCAUUUCGCUGCCAAAUCUAAGGACAAACCUCGGUUUCUUUGCCGAAUUUUCACUUUCAUAUCAGAUAAUUAGUAUGUAGAAUUCUAAUAGGCUGUAACUAAUGUAUUAGAUAGAAAUGUAAGAUUUUCCUACAUCUAGGUUGCUAGUGACGUUGACCGAAAGACGAUUGAGAAGUCGUUAUGCUUUCUACAUUAGCCUUUUCUUCUAAUCAAUGUUCCUGAUUCAAAAUUUUUUUUGUAAUUUCGUAAUUCACCAAUCUCUGUAAAUACACUACAUCCUUGGCGUUUGGAAUUAUAUGUUGAAACAUGUUAGUUAAAGAUUUUGCUAACUUUUGGUUGCCUUCCUAAUAUGCUGUAAGCUGCAAGAGAUUGGUCACCUUUCGACAUUGUAGUUACGGUCAAUAAACUAAUACACGUUAUGUUUGU